AUGGCUUCCAAUAUUGUUGUGCUCUCAUGUCUGUUAUGUAUCUGCCUUUUUGAGCUUCUAUCAUAUCAAGCCUUUUCCUGGGGACCCAUCGAUGCCACAAAAGGGUUCAUAUCCCUUCAUCUAAAUCAUUCAAACUUCGUAAUUCAAAGGCCCUAUGAUGUUCCUGAACAUCUGCGAUACAGCUUCAAACAUGGUGUUCAUAAGUUAUGGGUAUACUCCACUGAUAAGCCUCACUCUCCUACUAGCAGCACUAAUCCCCGGACUGAAAUCCGUAUACAUGGAUAUGAUUAUUCAUCUGGUGUUUGGCAAUUUGAAGCACAUGGGUAUGUGCCGAAUGGAACUUCAGGGGUGUGUAUCAUGCAAGUGUUUGGAGCUAGCCCUCACGCCACAACCCCAAUGCUGAGAGUCUACAAUGGUUCAUUGUCGUAUUACAGAGCUCCAGUCAUUGUUCCAUGCAUCUAUAACAGAUGGUUCAAGCUAAAUGUGAUUCAUGAUGUAGAUGGCUCAAGUGUUAAAGUCUAUAUUGAUGGGAUUCUUACAUAUGAGGCACCUGGUCGUGGAGGCACUUCUCAUUAUUUUAAGUGUGGAGUUUAUGCACAGAAUGAUGAUUCCUAUUAUAUGGAAUCUCGUUGGAAAGGAAUCAAGAUUUUCAAAAAAUGUGACUAUUGA